AUCUAUUCGGACAUAAGCAUCGACUUAAUGCUGUUUUAUCAGCAAACAUGGAUUGAAAAUGACUUAUGCGGAUAUUACAAUACAAAUCAGCCGGAACAACACAAAAAGAUAUUUACAGUAACAUGCCUGUAAGUCUUCAGAGGUCAUAAGAAAAGUUUUUGCAGCUCAUGUCAUAUAAUUUAAUAAUUGGCAGAGUUAUAAUUUAUUGCAUAUCUACACAAUAAUAAUUUAUGGCUUUACAAGAUGUAUGCGGCUUGCACAACACCCCUCUGUUCCCUCAAUGGAGUGCUCCACUCACACAGUCCUUUAUGCCGGAAGAUUCCACUCAUCUACUGGGAGGGGGAGAUGCUUUUUGUACUUGGUUGUUUGGGAGGGGCAGUUUAAGCCCUUUGGAAUUUCAUAUACCUGUAGCGGCAUACCUUACAGAAAGUCCGAUACAAUUUGGUCAAACCAGCCUCACUUCUUCAUCAACAAACCUGUUUACUAUUGAAGAUCUAAACCCCUCGUUACCAGUGAUCUCUCUUCCUACACCCACACCCUACUCCAUCUCUCCAUCCGUCCCUUUGCCAUUUACUCUCUCUCAUGGUACCACAACUCUGGGCUUUGCGUUCCAGGGAGGCGUGAUAGCUGCAGCCGAUACACGUUCCAGCUGCUCAGGUCUGGUGGCGUGUCCUGCAUCUCCAAAGGUCUUACCAAUCCACUCUCACCUGGUGGGCACCACCUCCGGGACCUCGGCUGACUGUGCCCUCUGGAAGCGCAUCCUGGCACGAGAGCUCAGGCUCUACCAGCUUCGACAUCGCCGUAGGCUGUCAACAGGAGGUGCCGCCAAACUUCUGUCCCACAUGCUGCACCCGUUUAAAGGCACAGAGCUGUGCGUCGCAGCCACUCUGUGUGGAUGGGAUGGGGAUGGGGAUGGGGAUGAGGAAACCGCAAUUGGUGCGUCUCAACCAGUCACAACUUGUGAAACUAAAACUCAGCCAGUGGCCAAAUCUGAGAGGUCUUCACAUCAAGGUUUAGUUGCCCCCUAUUCCAGAGUGUCUGGUCCGCGGGUUAUUUAUGUGUGCAGUGAUGGGCUACGCCUGAAGGGAGAGCUGUUCUCUGUGGGAUCAGGGUCUCCUUAUGCAUACUCGAUCCUGGACAGCAGCGUUUACUGGGGAAUGAGCGUAGAGGAGGCUGCUUCAGUUGCCAGGGAGGCCGUGUACCGUGCCACACACAGAGAUGCAUACUCAGGAAAUAACGUGGAUCUCUACCAUGUUACUGCCAAAGGAUGGAGGCGCAGAGAGAGGGAGGAUUUGAAAGAGGAGUAUUACAGAGAAAAGGAGAGGGGGAGAAAGAGGGUAGAAGAAAGAAAGAGGGAAAAAGAGAGCAAUGGUUAA